GCUACAAUUCUAACAAUUUUAAUCUGGUGGCCAAUAAAAGUUUGAACAUAUUUGAAGUAAUUCAUCACCGUCAUUUUGCACGAGUGGCUUAAUGCAUUGAACUUGAUUUAAUCCAUCACGCUCAUGAUUUUAAGAAUGUGAGAGGAAGGACCAACUGGAAGAUAACUCAUUUCCCGCAAGGAUAUACGGGCUGAUUUUGUCCAGUGUCCAAUUUUUAGCGCGUUUCGUGUGGCCUUUUGGACCUCGUGGAUUUUGCGCUUCGUGUGCUCGGUGCAAUUCCAUGCAAUCGUGCCGAGUGUCGCUCGCCGUAGCUGCCUGCGCUGCUGCUCGACGCCUCGGCGCUACUGGUGAUGAGGAAAAGAAAAUGGCGGCGGGAAAAGCGAGUGAGAACGAGGAGGACUUUCCUAGGCUGACAGCGCAGGAGAGGGACAGUUUAGCUGGGAUUGACAGCUCACUGUUUGGAUUUCUGAGGCUUCAUGAAGAUGGCGCCAGAACGAAGGCCUUGCUUUUAAAGGCUGUUCGCUGCUAUGAAUCUCUGAUCCUGAAAGCUGAAGGAAAAGUCAACCCGGAGUUAUUCUGCCAGCUAGGUCAUUUUAAUCUUCUGUUGGAGGACUACCCAAAAGCGUUAUCUGCAUACCAGAGGUACUACAGUUUACAAUCAGACUACUGGAAGAAUGCUGCCUUUUUAUAUGGCCUUGGAAUGGUGUACUUCCAUUACUGUGCUUUUCAGUGGGGGAUUAAAGUAUUUCAGGAGGUGCUGUACAUUGAUCCCAGUUUCUCUCGAGCCAAGGAGAUUCACCUGCGUCUUGGGCUAAUGUUUAAGGUGAACACAGACUACGAGUCAAGUUUGAAGCACUUUCAACUGGCUCUGAUCGACUCAAACCAAUGCACGUUGUCCAAGGCUGAAAUUCAAUUCCACAUUGCUCAUUUGUAUGAAAUACAGAAAAGAUACCGUGUGGCAAAGGAGGCUUACGAAAGUCUCUUGCAGACAGAGAAUCUCCCUACCCAGGUGAAAGCAGCUACUUUACAACAGCUUGGCUGGAUGCAUCAUACAGUGGAACAGCUGGGAGACCGAGCCAAUAAAGACAGCUAUGCUAUAGAGUGUUUGCAGAAAUCUCUUGAAGCUGACCCCAACUCUGGCCAGUCCUGGUAUUUUCUUGGAAGGUGCUACUCAAGUAUUGGGAAAGUGCAAGAUGCUUUUGUUUCUUACCGGCAGUCCAUAGACAAAUCUGAGGCCAGUGCAGACACUUGGUGCUCCAUUGGGGUGCUGUAUCAGCAGCAGAAUCAGCCCAUGGAUGCUCUGCAGGCAUACAUCUGUGCUGUGCAGUUAGACCACAGUCAUGCUGCAGCCUGGAUGGACCUGGGCACUCUCUAUGAGUCCUGCUAUCAGCCCCAAGAUGCCAUCAAGUGCUAUAUCAACGCCACACGCAGCAAAGGCUGCAGCAACAUUGCAGCAAUCACUGCCCGCAUCAAAUAUUUGCAGGCUCAGUUGUGUAACCUUCAUCACACUAGUCUACAAAGUAAAAGUAAAAUGCUUCCUAGUAUUGAGGAAGCAUGGAGCCUCCCAAUCCCAGCAGAGCUUACCUCAAGACAGGGCGUCCAGAUCACAGCUCAGCAGGUAAAUAAACCCCACCCCACUGCAAGAGGGCUUCUAAUAGAGGCACAUGGACAGUCCCUGCACCCCCAUAUCAGUCCUCUUGGCCAAGAUGAUGAACAGUCAAACCCUGUUAAGAAGAAGAGGACUUCCAGUCCUGCUAAGAGUUUUGCAGAGUGGGGCAAUAACCCAUCGAAGCAACAAACUCCAAACUUGCACCUACCACCACAGAAACUACAAUUUUUGGAGCAGCUGCGGGCUAACAGGGCAAGUCUGAAGCCAGUGCAGUUGCAGAUGCUGGAACAGCUAGAAGCUCAGCUCACAGCAAUGCAGUUGCACCAGCAACAGAUGGGACAGAAUGCAGCUGGACAGAUGCAGCCCCCCGUCUCCAAUGGCCCCACACCUGUUCCUUCACUGUCCCAAUCCUGCAGUUUUGUACUUCGCCCCCCCUGCGCUUCUCAGCCACUGGCCAAUGGGCCACACCCUGCUAGUCCCCAGUCCCACUUAGUUGGCAAUAAUCACACACCACGACCAGGAACCAAUGGAGACGUGCCUUACCUGCACUUAAAUGUACUACCUCACAACUGCACAAGCCUGGGUGAUGCGUGGGAGAGCCAGCAUCUUAGAAACACUCAGGGGCUUCAAAAAUGCCCAGGUCCUCAUUGGGCAGGUCCCAAUGGGGAAAUGGCAAACACUUCCAGUGGCUGGGCUGAUGGUGGCCCUCACAAUCAGGUCGGACAUUCCACUGCGACCCCUAGCAACUGUUCUGAGCCAGCUGUCAAUCACCUGUCCUGUCCGCCCCCCUCCUCGGCUUCUUUAUUAACUGCUUCCAUGCACACAGCUACCUCAGGCAUUCCCGUGACCAAAGAGAGCGAGCAUGUGCAAGGCAGUUGUGCCACUCCGGCCAAACACUGCAGCCCCAAGCACACAUCUGGCUCGCCACCUACCCACUCCUCAGGCAGUCCACAACUCUGUGCUCCAGUGAUGGGCAAGGAGAGCCUGGUAGCAGGCUCCAGGCUUAAUCAUGUUCACCUGGGUUCCAUCUCAGCUGCCUCUUCACCCACCUCAGCAUUGUCUGCCACUUCAUCCUCACCACGUACCAGUGAGCCCACAGGUAGCUUUACCAAGCCUGACUCAGCUGCAGUAAAUGGAGAGGCAUGUUCUGAGGACUCUCAGAGCCCACUAAAGACUGAGCCAUCUGAGGCCUGUGUCAAAGCUGGCCCUCUCCUCAGAGGCAUGCAUUCAUCUUUCACUGUAUCUAUCUAUCCAACAACUUCAGAUGUCCUCAAAGUAUGCAGCAGAAAUAUUGGGAAGAAUGGUCUUUCAAGCAGCAGCAGCCUGCUGGAUAAGUGCCCUCCACCCCGCCUUCCUCCACCCCCAUCACCCCCUCUGCCAAAGGACAAGCUCAACCCCCCCACACCCAGCAUUUAUUUGGAGAAUAAGAGAGAUGCAUUCUUUCCUCCACUACACCAGUUCUGUACCAAUCCAUCCAACCCAGUCACUGUCAUCCGUGGCUUGGCAGGAGCUCUCAAACUGGACUUGGGUCUGUUUUCCACUAAGACUCUAGUGGAGGCCAACCCAGAGCACCUGGUGGAGGUGCGGACACAGCUGUGUCAGCCGGCUGAUGAAAAUUGGGAUGCCACCGGCACCAAAAAGCAGUGGCGAUGUGAAAGCAGCCGGUCCCUUACCACCAUUGCCAAGUAUGCCCAGUAUCAGGCUACAUCCUUCCAGGAGUCACUACGGGAAGAAAAUGAAAAAAAAGGCCAAAAGGAACUUUCUGAUUCUGAAAUGUCAACAUCAGCAAAAGUUACAAGACGACGUAAAGGUCCUUUCAAGCAAAUUAAAUUUGGGACGAAUAUUGAUGUUUCAGAUGAGAAAAAGUGGAAGCUGCAGCUACAGGAACUGAGUAAGCUGCCUGCAUUUGCCCGGGUGGUGUCUGCAGGGAACCUGCUCAGCCAUGUGGGCCACACCAUCCUUGGCAUGAACACUGUUCAACUCUUCAUGAAGGUUCCUGGUUGUAGAACACCUGGUCAUCAAGAGCAUAACAAUUUCUGCUCUGUCAACAUCAACAUUGGGCCGGGUGACUGUGAGUGGUUUGCAGUGCCUGAGCCAUACUGGGGGGUAAUGAGUGAGUUCUGUGAAAAAAACAACGUCAACUUCUUGAUGGGUUCAUGGUGGCCAAACCUGGAAGAUAUGUAUGAGGCCAAUGUUCCGGUGUACCGGUUUAUCCAGCGCCCUGGAGACCUGGUUUGGCUCAACACAGGAACAGUGCACUGGGUCCAGGCCAUUGGCUGGUGUAAUAACAUCUCGUGGAAUGUGGGCCCUCUGACUGCACAUCAGUACAAACUGGCUGUGGAAAGGUACGAGUGGAACAAACUCCAGACUGUAAAAUCAGCAGUUCCUAUGGUGCAUCUCUCCUGGAACAUGGCAAGGAACAUCAAAGUGUCCGACCAUAAGCUCUUUGAGAUGAUCAAGUUUUGUUUGCUGCGGACACUCAAACAGUGUCAGAAGGUAAAGGAGGUGCUGAUAGCAGCAGGAAAGGAGACCAUAUGGCAUGGAAGGACUAGGGAGGAACCUGCACACUACUGUACCAUCUGUGAGGUGGAAGUUUUCAAUCUUCUCUUUGUCACGAGUGAGAGCUACUCCCAGAAGACAUUUGUGGUUCACUGCCAGGACUGUGCACGCAAAGGCAGCUGUGACCUGGCUGGUUUUGUGGUGCUAGAACAGUACAGGAUGGAAGACCUCAUGCAGGUGUAUGACCAGUUUUCAUUAGCUCAGGCAAUACAAAUUGGCCCACAUCCAAGAGACUAGAAAUUUCAGAGGACAGUAAAGAAUGAAUGCGCAUCAGAGGUGAAUGAGACUAAAGUCUGCACUUAACGAUCUUCCACAAUCAGGGUUUUUUUUUCGAUCUUCAAACAGCAUUCAGAGCAAACCCACUUCGGAGCUCUUUAUUGUCCAGGUCAAAUUCACUUAAAGGGUACGUAAUCAUACAGUACUGGGAAGGGUUAGUGAUAGCGAGAGUAGUGUAGUGUCUGUAGGGUAAAGUCUGUAUGUCUCAGGUGGAGGUAGUAACCCCCAAACUCCAGCAUUAGAGCCCUCAUUGUGGGGCGAAUGGGUGACGACUCAGCAGCAUAGUCGCAAAGCCAAGGCUAACACUAAGGCUUGCCCACGGGACCACCACUCCCCUCCACAUGCCCAACAGGUUUGCUCUCCUCAGUGAAGCACCUGCUGAGAAACUGGUUAUAGGAAGAAAGGGCUCUGGUUAUAGGAGACUCUCUUAAGGCAUGUGAAAUUAGCUAGGCUUUUUGGGGCUCCAGCAGUGCACAUCAGGUGUAUUGCAGGAGCCAGGGUGCCAAACAUAGCAGGUAAUCUUAGGAUCCUAGGCAAGCAUAGGUUCUCGAAGAUAGUCUUCCAUGUAGGUGCUAACGAUAUAAGCCUUCGUCAGUCUGAGGUUAUUAAGAGUAAUAUUGUAUCCCAAUGUGAUGUGGCGAUAUAGCUUACAGCAGGUUAUGGUCGCUGAACUGCUGGAUGUCCAGGUGGUGCUCCAAAAACAAUGUGGGAGCUCGUUUGAGGGCAAGGCUGGCCUGUUAGGAUGGGACGGUGUCCAUCCCACUCGGGAAGGUGCUGCUCUCAUUUCUUGUAGCAUAGCACAUAGUCUUAGAGAAGGUCUAGUUAAUAGGUGACAAUCCAAAGCCAGGGCCAGAGAGCAGACAAGCAGGCUAAUCCGACCGUCUGCUAGCUGCAAAGAGUUGUCACCCAGGGUUCACAACAUUGAGACUGUGUCUGUUACCCGAGCUAAACAAAAAUGUUUUAACAAUCAGAAAAUUCGCUUUAGUAACCUGAUUAACAUUAAACUAGAUCAUAGUUGAUCUGAAGCUAGGACUGUUAAAUAUAAGAUCUUUCAUCUUAAGCACUUAUUAUUAAAUAACUGAUUACUGAUCAGGAGUUUAGAACAUAAAUGCCUUCAAACUAAAUUGGCAAUAUUUCAGUUAACGUGGAAGGAAAGCCUUCUGAGCUAAAAAUACUCAGAGUACUCUCUGCGCAUCUCUCUGCCCUAAUCGAAGAUAACAAAAAACAAUCCUAAAUUUUUUAGUACUGUAGCAAAACUAACUAGGAAUAAAACAGCUGUAGAAAAGCACACCCUCUAUAUGCAGCAGCAAUGACUUAAUGUAUUUUUACAAUGGAAAAAUUGAUAAUAUCAGGCAAAAAAUUCAGACUAUUAAUUUAACACCAAAUUAUUUGAUUAGAUAACCCUUUCGAUAAUAAUAAUUCUGAUCAGAGCUUAGAAUGCUUCACUCCACUUCAAGAGCCUGAUCUAAUUUCACUAAUUUCAUCUUCAAAACAUUCAACCUGCAUACUAGAUCCCUUGCCUACGUGUUUUGUUAAACAGAUAUUACCAGUAGCUACUGAACCCCUUCUAAAAAUUAUAAAUUCUUCCCUUAGCACUGGCUAUGUGCCUAAAUCUUUUAAGCUAGCAGGUAUCAAACCCAUGAUUAAAAACCCAGACCUCGAUCCCUGUCAGCUGUCUAACUAUAGGCCAAUAUCAAACCUGCCCUUUAUCUCCAAGAUCCUAGAAAAGGCAGUAGCACAGCAGUUACACCUACAUAAGAAUAACAUUCAUUCAUGACCUCAUCAUAGCACAGAGACAGCACUGGUUAAAGUGGUAAAUGACCUGUUACUGGCCUCUGGUCAGGGUUGUCUCUCCAUGCUGGUGUUACUCGAUCUAAGUGAAGCUUCCGACACCAUUGACCACACCAUUCUACUUCAUAAUCUAGAAUAUGUUGUUGGUGUUAAAGGAACAGCCCUCUCCUGGCUCAGGUCUUAUUUUACUGAUCAUUAUCAGUUUAUAGAUCUAGAUGGUGACUUCUCUAUGCAUACCAAAGUUAUGUUCUGUGUUCCACAAGGUUCUGUCUUAGGCCCACUGCUUUUCUCCUUAUAUAUGCAAUUAUAUUGCAAAACAGCCUGGGUGCAAUUAUUCGUAAACAUGGUAUUAGCUUCCACUGCUGAUGCCGAUGUUUUCAGCCUAGUCAGGUGAGAGACACCAGCUUAUUAUAAUUGAAGAAUGUGUAAAGGACAUUAGACAGUGAAUGCUUAUUAACUUCCUCCUGCUUAACUCUGAUAAGACAGAGGUGCUUGUACUAGGACCACAUGCAGCUAGAAGUAAGCUUUCUGAUUACAGAGUAAUGGUGGAUGGUCUUUGUUUCAUCUUGUCCAGCAGUAAAAGAUCUUGGUGUGAUUAUUGACUCUGGUCUUUCGUUUGAAGCUCAUGUAGAUAUCACUAGGGUAGCCUUGUUUCAUCUCAGAAAUAUUGAUAAAAGAUAAGAAAGAAAGAAAGAAAGAAAGAUAAGAAAUAUAAUGUCACUUCAUGAAGCAAAACUUGUUCAUGCUUCUGUUACCUCUAGGUUGGAUUAUUGUAAUGCCUUACUGUCUGGAUGUUCCAGUAGGAGCAUAGGCAAGCUCCAGUUAGUCCAGAAUGCAGCAGCUAGAGUCCUAACUAGAACCAGAAGAUAUGAACACAUCACUCCUAUCUUAGCCACACUACAUUGGCUCCCAGUGAAAUUUCGCAUUGAUUAUAAAAUCCUGUUACUGACCUAUAAAGCACUAAAUGGUCUCGCACCGCAGUACCUGAGCGAUCUUUUAGUCUUGAUCUGCCACGCCUAUUCCGAUCAAAGGGUGCAGGUUAUUUGGUAGUACCUCAAGUAGCAAAGGCUACAGCAGGGGGCAAAGCUUUUUCUUUUAAAGCCCCACAGUUAUGGAACAGCCUUCCAAUUAGUGUUCGGGAUUCAGACACAGUCUCAAUGUUUAAGUCUAGGCUGAAGACACAUUUGUUUAGUCAAGCUUUCAAUGUUUUUCUUAGGGAAAGGAGCAGAUCUGGGAGGUUCAUGGGCAUAGAGUGUUUGGUGUACUGGGAGG